AUGGAAGAUAAUUAUGAAAGGGGAGUAAAUGUAAUGAAUAGGUUUGGUUACACUCCACCCUUGACGGAAACCACAACUCGAAGGAGUUCUUUGAGUCUACAAAGACGCCAAAGUAUUGAUCCAGCUUUUCCUGUUGAUAGGGUGGUUCAUAGUCCCUCAAAUCAGCGGCUUCAUGGAAAUGUUUGUGAAAUGCAAAGUUCUGAUCAAUCAUCCUUGAGACAAAGCUUUGGAUUCGAUGGCGCUGGGUCCAGAACCUAUUCAAUGUCGCACUAUCUAUUUGGAGGGCAGAAAAGAGAGGUGGAGAUAGUGAAAGAUGAAGCGGAGAAAAAGAAACAAUGGAAUUCUAGCAGGCAAGCUUCUUCGACAAUGAGUAGUUUGUCCGAUUAUAAGAAGCUAGACAAGGUGGAUAAGACUCAGUCAAGAACUGUAAGUUAUGCUGUUUCACCAAAAGCCAAGAUAGCAUCACAGUCACAGUUGUCCCCAGAAUCUCCAUCAAAGUCAAGAGCAUUAGGAAAAAAUCCUCCUGCAAAACCUCCUGUUGAUAGGAAGAAUGACAACCCGUUGAGAAAACAAAACACAGGUGCUCCCCGUGCGAGAAAACCUGGUCAUGGAAGAUCACUGUCACAAAGUAAUAUUGAUAUAUUCUCUGGAUCAGCAUUGGAUACGCCUGAACUGGGACAAGCUUUACUAAACCAAGCAAGGGACAUGAUUUCAUCAGGAGAUAAUCCGAAGAGAGCUCUUGAAUUAGCCCUUCAAGCGAAGAAAUUGUUUGAGAGAAAUGCUGCUUAUGGGAGACCAAGUUUGGAUUUGGCCAUGUGUUUACAUGUUACUGCAGUAAUAUAUUGCAGUUUGGGCAAUUUCAAUGAAGCAGUUCCAUUAGUUGAGCGCUCAAUUCAGAUUCCUGAUAUUAAGGAAGGCCAACAACACGCCAUUGCUAAAUUUGCUGGUCACAUGCAUCUAGGAGACAUUUAUGCUAUGUUGGGCCAGCUUGAGAAGUCAAUUAAGUGCUAUUCUGCAGGGUUAGAAGUACAAAGGAGGGUUUUGGGAGAAACAGACCCAAGAGUUGGCGAAACCUGUAGGUAUGUGGCUGAGGCUAACUUUCAAGCAUUGCAAUUUGCGGAGGCAGAGAGGAUGUGCCAAAUUGCCCUUGAUAUCCACAGAGCAAAUGGUUCACCCUCAUCUCUUGAAGAGGCAGCUGAUAGGAGGCUAAUGGGCCUUAUAUGUGAAGCAGAUGGCAAACAUGAAGCAGCCCUAGAGCAUCUUGUUCUGGCCAGCAUGGCAAUGGUAGCAAACGGCCAAGAAGUAGAAGUGGCAUCUGUGGACUGCAACAUUGGAGACACAUACUUAUCCUUGGCUAGAUAUGAUGAGGCCAUCUUUGCAUAUCAGAGAGCAUUGAAAGUUUUCAAGACCCACAAAGGUGAGAACCAUCCUGCUGUGGGAUCAGUUUUUGUACGUCUGGCAGACUUGUAUUGCAGAACAUGGAAGAUAAAGGAAUCAAAGCAAUAUUGUGAGAAUGCACUUAAAAUAUAUGAAAAUCCGAUGCCUGGAGUCCCUCCAGAGGACACUGCUAGUGGUUUAAUGAAUGUCUCAGCCAUCUAUGAGUCAAUGAAUGAGCUAGAAGUGGCACUUAAGUUACUUCACAAGGCACUAACCAUACUUAAUGAUGUCUCUGGUCAGAAAAACACAAUAGCAGGAAUUGAAGCUCAGAUGGGGGUCAUGUACUAUGUGUUGAAGAACUACACUGAAUCUUACAAUUCUUUCAAGAGUGCCGUGUCGAAGCUUCGUGCUACUGGAGAAAAGAAAUCAUCCUUCUUUGGUACUGUUCUUAAUCAAAUGGGACUUGCUUGUGUGCAACUCCAUUACUUAGAUGAGGCUGCACAAUUAUUUGAAGAAGCAAAGGUCAUUUUGGAACAAGAGAAUGGACCCUAUCACACUGAAACACUUGGAGUAUAUGGCAAUCUUGCUGGCACGUAUGAUGCAAUUGGCAGGCUGGAUGAGGCGAUUGAAAUUCUGGAAAACAUUCUGGUGAUGAGGGAGGAAAAGCUUGGGACAGCAAAUCCUGAUGUGGCUGAUGAGAAGAGGAGGUUGGAUGAGUUGUUGAAGGAAAAGGGCAGAGUUCGGGACAGAAAAACCAAGUCACUGGAGAACCUUUUUGAUUCCUAUAUUGAUCUAACUAUGAACAACCUUGUCAUCGAGGCAUGA